GUUACAGUGAUAGUAAGCUGUCGUAUUCCCCAACACGUGCAGAUUGUUUGUCCUGCUCGCCGGGCGCCGCAGCUCCCUGGUUUCCGCUGGGAAGCCCCCGCUUUAUCCGCCACCACCGCGCCCUUGGAGCACGGGCAGGUCCGAGAAGGUUUCUCCAGUACCUCCCACUUCAAAGAGUCUUCCACUUUCCUGAAAGGAUAUUGAUAGAAGUUAAUUACAAAAGAAAACUUUCUGCAAGAUAGAUGACUAAAGGUAACGGAGAAGAUCCAAAACCUGGAAGUAGGAUGGAACGCAUUCAGCAAGGAGUCAGGAAACGUACACUUUUGGCAAAAAAAAAAGUGCAGAGCAUAACAAAGGACGAUGUUAAAAGUUAUUUAAUGAGGAAUGCUUUUGUGCUUUUCACCGUCGUUGCUGUGAUUCUUGGUGUAAUUCUUGGAUUUUCUCUCCGAUCAUAUAAGAUGAGCUACCGGGAAGUGAAGUACUUUUCGUUUCCUGGAGAGCUACUCAUGAGAAUGCUGCAAAUGCUGGUUCUGCCUCUAAUUGUUUCCAGUUUAGUCACAGGAAUUGCCGCCCUGGAUAGUAAAGCAUCAGGGAAGAUGGGAGUCCGAGCAGUAGUCUACUACAUGAGCACUACGAUCAUUGCUGUACUGAUUGGUAUAAUCAUUGUGGUCAUCAUCCACCCUGGGAAAGGUACGAAAGAAAACAUGCACAGAGAAGGCAAAAUUGUGCAAGUGACAGCAGCAGAUGCCUUUCUUGAUUUAAUCAGAAAUAUGUUCCCUCCAAAUCUGGUGGAAGCUUGCUUUAAACAGUUCAAAACUAACUAUGAAAAGAGAAAGUUUAAAGUAGCUAUUCCUCCCAAUGACACAUCCACAGUGACUUCCAUAAUAAGCAAUGUGUCAGAAGCAAUGGAAGCCCUCACCCAAAUGAGAGAGGAAAUAGUUCCUGUUCCAGGUUCUGUAAACGGAGUGAAUGCCCUUGGCUUGGUGGUUUUCUCAAUAAGCUUUGGCCUGGUGAUUGGAAGCAUGAGGGAGCAAGGUCAGGCAUUGAAAGACUUCUUUGAUAGCCUUAAUGAGGCUAUCAUGAGAUUGGUAGCUCUAAUCAUGUGGUAUGCUCCACUUGGAAUUCUCUUCUUGAUUGCUGGAAAAAUUGUUGAGAUGGAAGAUAUGGGUGUGAUCGGUGGCCAGCUCGCCAUGUAUACUGUGACAGUCAUCAUCGGUUUGCUAAUUCACGCUGUCAUUGUCCUACCUCUUCUGUACUUCGUGAUCACUCGUAAGAACCCAUGGGUAUUUAUUGGAGGCUUAAUCCAGGCAUUAGUCACAGCUGUGGGAACAUCUUCCAGUUCUGCAACACUACCUGUUACUUUUAAGUGUCUAGAAGAAAUAAAUGGAGUGGACAAACGAGUUACAAGAUUUGUACUCCCAGUUGGUGCUACAAUUAACAUGGAUGGAACUGCUUUAUAUGAGGCUUUGGCUGCAAUUUUCAUUGCACAGGUUAACAACUUUGAGCUGAACUUUGGGCAGAUUAUCACAAUCAGCAUCACCGCUACAGCUGCCAGUAUUGGGGCUGCAGGCAUUCCUCAAGCUGGACUGGUCACCAUGGUCAUUGUGCUGACAUCAGUAGGUCUGCCUACAGAUGAUAUCACUCUUAUCAUUGCAGUGGACUGGUUCUUGGAUCGUCUCCGUACCACAACAAAUGUCUUGGGAGACUCCAUCGGAGCAGGAAUUGUUGAACAUUUAUCACGGCAUGAGCUGAAGAACAGGGAUGCUGAAAUGGGUAAUUCCGUGAUAGAGGAGAAUGAAAUGAAGAAACCCUACCAACUGAUCUCCCAAGAAAAUGAGAAUGAGAAACCAUUAGAUAGUGAAACCAAGAUGUAGGGUAGAGAAAACGUGAGUUCAACACUGCAAGUGUGGAAAAGCACACACUUUUUCCGGCCGUUUAUAUCUUGAAUUCACCAAGUUCAUCUAUUCCUUGAUUUCUCCCUUUAUGCUCGCACUGGAAAGAAUUAAUGAAAAUAUAUUCCAAACUAGCAGUGAUCAUGGUAUAUGUUGGCUUCCCACUUAAAAAAAAAAUUAACAGGCAACGACAGUGGUCCUGCUAGACAUAUGCUAACUGGGGAUAAAAAAAGAGAUUGUGUAUAUGUUACUCAGUCCUGUGAAUCUUUUUUUUUUUUUAUGAACUGGAAAGUAAAAACAGAUAACAGAGCCUGAAAAUGGUUUUAUUUUUUUAAAUACCUGUUGCGAAAUUCCUAACAUCUUUAAACACACAAUCAAUACUUCUAACUUGAUAACUACAUCCAGCUAAGUAAAUUAACAGGACUUUUACUUUUUUAUCUGAUUUAUUUUCUCUAGUGUUAUAUUAUUGUUCAAAUACUAGCAGGACAAUAAAAAAGCAGGAGAUUAAUUGAGGGGAUAAAAAGGGGGAAGAUAUAUAAAUAAAGAAAAGAAAUACCCCCAAAUCAGCACUUUUACCAGCUGAGUUGAAAUAUUUCUGAGAAAGUUAUUUUAUCUAGACUGUUUUUCACAUUAGAUUCAGCUGUUCUUUAUAAAAAUUUAGCCUAGUUGGCUCCCACUGACUCAAACAUUUACAAUAUGCAUGUAUGUACUUCCAGUCUGGAUUUGCUCCUAUAAUUUCAACAUCACAACCCAGAUGAACAAUCUAUGUGUGGAAGUGUUUGUAGGGGCAAGGCCCUAGUCUGGGACAGAAAAUGUGUCUUCACCUCAGUUUGGAAAAAAAAUAGCAUACAGUGGAUACAGUAAUGAUCUACUUAAUAAGCAAUGAUAAGAAGGCAACACCAGCCUUCUGUAGAAGGUGCAGAAGGGUGAGAUGCUCAGAUCCUAAAUUAGAUGGAUUCUAAAUCUAAAUCCCUGAGACUAACUGGAGGUUUUCUGAUUGGAAAUCUCCCAAAUCCUCAAUCAUACCACUAAUAAAUUAUAGAGCAAUUAGCUGGAUUUACAUUUUUCCAUCUGGAGAAGAAGGCUCCCUAUCUCAGUGUGAAAUUUUGAAUUCCUAGAGUGUUUAUCGGUAGCAUCCAAGAAAAAAACCAAACAAACCCUUAGAAAGUAAAACUAAUGGGUGCUUUUAUACAUUUUACUAGGAAAAAUAUAUAAACUGCGAAAUAGUAAAUACUAUAAUAAAUGUUGAAAUUUUAAUUAGAAAUUAUUUUAAAAUGCAAUAUUGUAGGUUUCCUUCAGGGAGUAGAUAAGCAAAGAAUGAAAAAAGGGAGACAGUGCAUUUGUAAUCCUGUGGGUUUUUGUUCAUUUCAAGAUUAUUCCCUUAAGAAGCACUUUCUAGAAAUAUGAAUUAUGUACUUUUUCUUUUUUACCUUGUAUUAUUAAAGAGAUUAAACUGGAAAGUUUUGUAAUGCAGUUAGAGUUGGGAGAAAGACAAAAAUAUUGACAGGCAUAAUAGUGUUGAGUGAUCUGUUUUAUUAAAAUUGUUAUCUUCUUUCUCCCUUUCCUUAUAAAAAAAAUUCUGAUGACAGAAAUGAAGGAUUCCCUUGCAUUGUCCGAGCUGCCAUUCAAAAAAUAUUGGAUAUGUUGCUUCUGUCACUAAAAGUCCAUAAUAUUGUGUACAAGUAACUAGUGAAAAUAUCAUCAUGCUGGUUGAAGGCAAAUCUUUUCCCAGGCAAGACUGUUUUUUAGGACUGAAAACUCCUGUCCAUCUUCUCCAGUUAAGUAAUCUGAACAAUAUGAGCAAGAACUCUCUAGUGAAUGAAUUGAGCAGGGUUUAAUAUAGAGUAUUGAGCAGUCAAACCAAGCAAACUCUAAAUGAAUCUCUGACAGAAAGAAAAUGUGGGUUGUUCUUUUUUUUUUUUUUGGCUAACAAAAUGCAAAUCUAGGAUACAGACUGGCAUUUUCUGAUAUAUAAUUAGAGAUAUUUUUAUAUAGAUACUGUAUUCAGAAUGUGUGUAUAAACAUUAACUGUAGAAUUUAUGGCAUAACACUUUAAAUUUUUGUUAAGAUUUUGUUUGGAAAUACAUUGCAAAGACAAUGUAAAAGGCUGUCUUUCUAUGACAUCAGCUGAGAAAAAUUAGUUGUGUCACAAAGAAUGUGAUCUUUUUUUAUACUAACGUUGUUUCUUAUGGAAAUCAGGUAUUAUAGAAAGAUUCCCUUCCCCAUUCCCCACUGGUUUUGCAUUGGUAUGCACCCAGAGUGGUUUGAGAAACAUUACUUUGUAGAUGUAUUUUCAAUAAAAAUAGUUUUACAUUAC